AUGGCUGCCGGCCUGUGGCUGUGUGUGGUCCUGCCGCUGCUCCUCACGGACGCAAAGAGCUUCGAGCAGCACGACAGUCGGCGUGACGCCCCUGGUAAACCCUCGUCUGGUGUCAAACUGGAACCGCUCUGGACCAAGCAGGUCAGAGGUCAGGAUGACACCCACACCCCCGACCAGAGCCUCCCCCUCCCUGAGCUGCUGGAUUUGGACGUGGAGCGUCACCGCCGUCUGACCCGCGGCGCCGACGAGGACGAGCAGCAGUCCACCUUCAGCCAGUCCUUUGAGAACGACUCGGUAACCACGCCUCAGGCCACCGAGCUCCACCACGUGACCGAUGACGGUGAGGAUGUUGAUGAGGUCACUCUCCACGGGAACACCUCCAGCUCCACCGCCCCGGGCCUCUUCAACCCGUUCUACCCGCUGGUGGAGAGCUCGUACGCCGCCUACGCCGUCAUGGUCCUGGCGGGCCUGGUGCUGGCGGUGGGCGUGGUGGGGAACAUGGCGGUGAUGUGCAUCGUCUGGAACAACUACUACAUGAGGUCCUCCUGGAACUACCUGCUGGCCAGCAUGGCAUUCUGGGACUUCUUGGUCCUGGUGCUCUGCCUCCCCGUGGUGGUCAUAAACCAGCUCUCCCAUAGGAGGAUCCUGGGUGACAUCACCUGCCGUAUGGUGCCUUAUAUGGAGGUUGUGUCUCUGGGCGUCACCUCCUUCACCUUGUGCGCUCUGGGGAUCGAUCGUUUCCACGCCGCCACCUCCUCGUCCCAGCCGAAGGCCCGGCGGGUGGAGCGCUGCCGCUCCGUGCUGCUGAAGCUGGUGCUGGUGUGGCUCGCCGCUCUGCUGCUGUCCAGCCCAGAGAUCUUCUUGUGGCAGUUCAGCCAGGCCGUGUCCCCGUCCACCGGCUGGCUGGUGGACUCCUGCAUCAUCACCCCCACCUCGCCUCUGUCCCUCCACCUGCCUGACUCCCUCCACUCGCUGCUGCUCAGGUAUCACCAGGGUCGGAUGUGGUGGAGCUUCGGCAGCUACUUCUGCCUCCCGGUCCUCUUCACCAUCCUCUGCCAGAUGGCGACUCGUAACGUCAACAGCGACUACAGCUCCGCCAAGAAACAGCGCGACCACGAUGACCGCUCCUCCAAUCAGAAGCGUCAGCAGCACCAGGCGGUGGAGCGGCAGCUGAACUGCACGCUGCUGGCCUUAGCGGUGGUGUACGGCAUCUGCGCUCUGCCCGAGCACAUCUGCAACAUCACACUGGCCUACACGCACAUCACCGUCUCUGAAGACACGGCCGCCAUGUUGGCUCUGCUACAUCACUUCCUGUUGUUCUUCAAGUCAUCGGUGACCCCUGUGCUGCUGCUGUGUCUCUGUAAGGCUCUCGGCCAGGCCUUCAUGGACUGCUGCUGCUGCUGCUGUCAGGAGUGUCAGCCCCACACUGCCCAGGGGUCACCAGGCUCCGCCCAGGUCAAACUGAAGGUGGCCAGUGAGACGUCCAUCUUAUUUGACAAGGCUAAAGACACGUCCGCCAUCUUGUCCAUCUCCAGCUAG